AUGGACGGCGCACAGGGUCCGCCCCCCGAGGGCCCAAUUGCCUCGAUCGCAGAACCCGGCAUCAGGGCCGAAGGGCCGCUGCUCUUCGACCUGCGCCGCGAGGUCGCCAAUCUGUUGCAUCGCAACCAAACGAGCUUCCCAGGCGCGCAACCAGUCAGCUUCGCGCGCAAACACCUCGACGAGCUCCGCAACAAAGAUUACUACGUAUGCGAGAAGUCGGACGGCAUCCGGUACCUCUUGUACCUGACCGAAGACGACGGCCGCGAGAUCCACUACCUCAUCGACCGCAAAAACGACUACUGGUUCAUCAAGAACAGCAGCUUCCACUUCCCGCGCAAGGAUGACGUCUCCAAGUUCCACACACGCACUCUCAUAGACGGCGAGCUGGUCAUGGACGCGGUCGACAACGGCCAGAAGGAGCCCCGCUUCCUCGUCUUCGACUGCCUCGUGCUCGACGGCCAGGACCUCAUGUCGCGCACGCUCGACAAGCGCCUCGCCUACUUCCAGGAGAAUAUCUACAAGCCUUACAGGGACUUGUUCAAGCAGUACCCCGAGGAGAAGGACUUCCAGCCCUUCCUCGUGCAGAUGAAGUCGAUGCAGCUCAGCUACGGCAUCGAGAUGAUGUUCCGCGAGAUCCUCCCCAAGCUCCGCCACGGCAACGACGGCCUCAUCUUCACCUGCGUCUCCUCCGACUACAAGCACGGCACCGACCCCCACAUCCUCAAGUGGAAGCCCCCCGAAGAGAACACGGUCGACUGCCGUCUCCGCCUGCACUUCCCGACCGUCCAGCCCGACGAGAACUUUGACGACUUCACCGAACCCUACGUCGACUACGAGAGCGUCCCCCGCUCCGAGCUGUGGAGCUUCAUGGGCGAGGGCCGCUACCAGUACUUCGCCGACGUCCACAUCACCGAGGACGAGUGGGAGACGCUCAAGGGCCUCGGGGACCCCCUCAACGACCGCAUCGUCGAGUGCCACAAGGACGACCUGGGCAGGUGGCGCAUCAUCCGGUUCCGCGACGACAAGUCCGAGGCGAAUCACAUUUCGACGAUUAAGAGCGUCAUGGAGAGCAUCGAGGACCGCGUCACGGAGAAGGACCUCGCCGAGGCGGCCAAGAGCAUCAAGGACCACUGGAAGCUGCGCAAGCGGUAG